CUUUGUUGUUGAUGAAUGACAAAAAAACCUCUUCUCUUCUCUAAACCUCCGUUGUUCUUUUCUUUUGCUGAUGAUAAUAAUAAUGGUUUAUUUUUGUUCUUGCUUCAUGGAUCCUGAAGUUGUUGAAAUUCCUCCUCCAAUUCACCAAAAACCUUCCAGAUUCAAAAAGCAGAAACAACAGACUGUUGUCCAUAAUGUGAUUGACCUUGACGGUGAUGACAAUUCAUUGGUACUUGGCAAAACAUCUCGUAAAAGAACAAAUAAGGGGAAGGCAGUGGUUCCCCCAGGUUUGACAUCAAUCACUGAUGAACCCGAAAAUGAAACUCUGAAGAAACUUCAAAGUUUUAAGCAAUUCGACACUGUCGUUAACACUUCCGACCAUCACUAUGUUAAAAAUAAGUCCACCAUUAAGCAAAAUCCAACGAGUUGGGCUAAAAAAAUCCAGGAAGAGUGGAAAAUUUUGGAGAAGCAUUUGCCGGAAACAAUAUUUGUGAGAGUCUACGAAUCAAGGAUGGAUCUCUUGAGGGCUGUGAUUAUUGGAUCAGAAGGGACUCCUUACCAAGACGGUCUUUUCUUUUUCGACGUUUUCUUUCCCGGUGGCUAUCCCAAUGAACCCCCGCAUGUACACUAUCACUCUAGAGGUCUUCGGCUCAACCCGAAUUUGUAUAGUUCUGGCAAAGUAUGUCUUAGUCUACUUAACACCUGGUCUGGCAGUAAGAAUGAGAAAUGGACUCCAGGUGUUUCAACAAUGCUACAGGUUCUAGUCUCCAUACAAGGUCUGAUCUUGAAUGCAAAGCCUUACUUUAAUGAACCUGGAUUUGCAAAUUCGCGUGGCACUCAAAAUGGUGAAGCGCAGUCCCUGAAGUAUAACGAGAAUACAUUCAUUCUAUCAGUGAGGACAAUGAAGUAUACGAUGAAAAAUCCACCAAAGAAUUUUGAAGACCUUGUUGUGGGGCAUUUCUUCAGCCGAGCACACGAUAUUCUGGCGUCAUGUAAAGCAUACAUGGAAGGUGUUCAAGUUGGUUGUUUGGCGAAAGGUGGUGUUCAAGACGUUGAUGAGGAUGGGGGAAAAAACUCAGAUAAAUUUAAGGCUGAUUUAUUUGGAUAUGUCAAGCCUCUUGUCAAAGAGUUUAAAACAAUUGGAGUGAAGGACUGCCAGAAAUUCUUGCUCCGACUCCUCCAGAACCGACUCCUCUGAAACUGACUACUCCGAAACCGACUCCUUCGAAACCGCAUACCACUGGCGACAAAAAGUGAUUCGCUUAACUACAUGAGUGUGAUCAAUAUUCUUUUUUAAAACCCAACUUUGAGCCUAUGCUAUUAAAGGCUUAUUACAUCAACUACUUGCAGGUUUUUAACUUUUUACAUUUUGUUUUUUAGGUUAAAACUUGACAUGAUUUGUAUAUAUAGUUGCAUAAAUUAUUUAUUAGUUAGUGGACACUAGUUAAUAUUUUCCUUGUUAGGAUUAAGUUAUAUGAAUGUACCAAAAAAAAAGGAUUAAGUUAUAUGUUUGCUUUUAUCAUCUUUUCCUUUUCUUGCUCUAAAAGAAAGGUAAGAAAA